UUUACGUUUGGAGAAUUUAUAAAAAAACGUGCGUCGACUUCAGUUUCGCGAAUAGAAAUAAGUUUAGUUUAGUAACAAUGUUAAAUCCAAUUAUCAGUAAAAUUGGAAGGAAACGGGUUGUUCUUGCUAGUGGAUCACCAAGGAGACAAGAGUUAAUUCAGAAUAUCGGUCUCUCCAAUGUCCAGCUGUGCCCCUCAACGUUCGAAGAAAAUCUAAACCAGGCGGAUUACACUUUCGCCGAGUAUGUAGCCGAGACGGCAUACCACAAAGUGUGCGAGGUCUACCGAAGACUUUCCUCGAGCGAAAAUCCCAGCCUGCGGCCGGACAUCGUCAUCGGAGCCGAUACGAUGGUCACCAUGGAUGGGAAAAUGUACGGCAAACCGAAGACACCAGAGAAUGCAUUCCAGAUGCUCAGUGAACUGAUGGGCCGACAGCAUAUCGUGUACACCGGGGUGGUUAUCAAGUAUCACGACAAGGAGGUAAAAUUCACCGAGGCUUGCAAGGUAAACUUUGGCAAAGCCACCGGCGCGCAGAUUCAGGCCUAUGUUGACACCGGAGAGCCGUUAGAUAAAGCGGGUGGCUACGGCAUCCAGGGCAUCGGGGGAACCUUUGUGGAGAAGAUAGAAGGCGACUAUUUCACCGUGGUCGGAUUGCCACUGUAUCGCAUAUCGGUAGAACUGUGCAAAUUGUUCGGCUACGAUGUUGCCAAAUAAAGCUGCGGUGGCGCGGUUUAUUGCGGCAAGUAAAACAAAGGCUGGAGUAUAAAAUCGUGUAAUUUUUUGCUUAUGUUUAUCUUCGAAAGCCCACUUUAUUAUGGUGUUGAUAUCAGUAGCAUAUAAUGUUCAGCUGUGUUCAGCUGGUGAGAGGGACAUGUCUCUUUCAAUGAUAAUAUAAUC